GGUACUGCUACACAUAUAUAGACCAACUACCAGUGGAGGAAAUGGAAGCCCGAUUGAGCACGGGGGAGAAGACGAAGAAGAUGGCGACGACUUCUCGGCCGUCGUCGCCGCUGCCGCCGGAGGAGGAGACGGCGGCGGAGACGACGACGAGCGAGGAGGAAGAGCAGCAGCAGAUGGAGAGGUUCUACGCGCUCGUGGCCAACGUUCGGGCCCUGAGAGCCAUGUUCAAGGAGGCAGCGCUGCCCAGCUGCCGCGAAGACGACGUUAGCGGUGGCGGUGGCGGGGAGCAGCGCCAGAAGAGGCCGAGGGCGGCGCCGUGGCGGCCGGCGUUCGAGAUGGCGGUCUUCGAGUGCGGCGGCGGCGGCGGCACUACCACCGACGACAUCGAGGCGGCGACGACCAAGGGCCAGGACGGCAACUGCAAGAAGGGGAAGAGGAGCGAGGCGAACGCAGCUGCAGAGGAGGACAAAGGCGAAGUUAUCGAGGGGAAACCAGUCGCCAUCGCCAUCGUCGCUGACGGGCCUGGUAAGUCGACGACGAUGCCCGACUCGAAUUGACGGCCGGCCGGCCCUGACCCUGACCCUGACACCGAUGAUGUUCUUGUGUACGUACGUGUGCAAUAUCUUUCAUGCUCUGCUCCGGUGAUAUAUAUUUGUGACCAGAUGAAUUAAUUGUGUGAUGAAUUAUAUAUUUGUGACCAGAUGAAUUAUAUAUUUGUACACAGAUGAAUUAUAUAUUUGUGACCAGAUGAAUUAAUCAGGACAUCAGUUUGAAUUCA